CACAUCACUCCCCCAAAAUCCAAACUCACCACCUCUCCCCAGUCGGCCGCCCCAGCUUUGCUAUUCCCCUUUACCCCUUCUAUUCCUCCCGUGUCACAGGCCAUUGUCUGCCUUGUUACGCUCCGCCGGGCUUGGCAUCCCGACUGGUCGCCGAGGACGUGCGGCGCCACACCCUCUGUCCGUCUUUCUCUCAGCCUUCGUCACCAGGCUAGGCCGUCCAAGAAGUGACGCCGCCGCCGUUCGGCCGCCCAAGGGACAGGAUCGCCCAGAAUGAGUGAGUUGCAACGGGCCUGGGCCAAGCGGAAGCUUGACCCUUUACAUCCCUUGCCCGAGCCGCUCAAUGACCUCGACGAGGAGCCCGACGCCGACCAACUCCCCGAGCUGCCGGAACACAUGGACGACGGGGAUUCGUCCUCGGCCUCGUCCGCCUCAUCCGCCUCCUCCACGGGCACCAUCAUCCCAUCUCCGAGCCAGAACUUGUUCGCUCGACCCCAAGGUGUAUCGCGGGGCCGCACGCUCGAGCAAAUCCCCUGGACGACCUACUUCGAGCGGGAGCUGUUUCUUGAGCCCCCGACGCCAGACGAUAACGGCCCUCCCGCCGUGACCUAUCACGCCUACCUCAACUCGCCUGUCGGCAAAGGCCCCCUCUUUGUCAUGCACCACGGCGCCGGCUCUUCUGGCCUGUCGUUUGCUGUUUUCUCGGCGGAAAUCAGGAAACGUCUUCCCUCGGCCGGUGUGCUGUCCCCUGACGGCCGAGGCCACGGUUCGACCGUCGUCACAGACGGCACGGAGCUCAACCUGAAGCUCGACGUCCUGACGGACGACUUGCUCAGCAUCAUCCAGCUCACCAAGACGCAAAUGUCCUGGUCCGAACUGCCCCCCAUUGUGCUCAUCGGCCACUCGCUGGGCGGGGCCGUCGUCACCAACCUGGCCAAAUCGGGAAAGCUGGGGAGCUCGCUCCUGGGUUACGGGGUCCUGGACGUCGUCGAGGGCUCGGCCAUGGAUGCGUUGCAGAGCAUGUUGACGUACCUGUCGACGCGGCCCACCGGCUUUGCCAGCCUGCAGUCGGGCAUCGACUGGCACAUCCGUUCCCGCACCAUCCGCAACUCCGUCUCGGCGCGCACGUCGGUGCCGGCGCUUCUGGUCUACGAUGACUCGCUUGACCCAACGCGGCCGUGGCGGUGGAGGACAGACUUGGCGGCGACACAGCCGUUCUGGGAGGGAUGGUUCGUUGGCUUGAGCAAGAAGUUCCUCGAGGCGAGAGGCGGCAAGCUGUUGCUGCUGGCGGGCACCGACAGGUUAGACACGGAGCUGACCAUCGGCCAGAUGCAGGGCAAGUACGCGUUGCAGGUCUUCCCCGAGGCGGGCCACUUCAUCCAGGAGGAUCUGCCCGAGAAGACGGCGCUGGCUGUCGUGGACUUUUACAGGCGGAACGACAGGAGCGCGCUGGUGCUGCCCCCGAAGGUGGGUGAUUUGUUGAAGCAGGGCAAGAGAGUCUGAUUGCAUGGGUUCCACGGCGUCCAUAUAGACUUUCACCUGCUGUACAUUCAGAAAUUAUACCCGCCCACUGCCUCUGCAGGAUGCUUGAUUUGACCCGUCAACCGGGAGAUCCUCCAAGUGGCACACUAUCGGCUCUUGAACACCAUGACAAAUCUUUUAAUUUUUUUCUUUUUGUUCAAACAACGUUGGCUGCCUAAUUGAGGUGAGCGAGUGCUUGAAAUACGGCGCAUCCCCGGAGGGCGGGGAAGGAAGAUGAGAGUGGUGGACGAGCGACCGCGACCGAUCGGGGGUCCAGCAUUCAUUCGUUGGUCGUUGGGGAAAACCAACGACGGAACGCCCUGUAAUGACCAUGAAGAUUACCGUCUCACAGGACCAAAGGCCCGACCGACCCUUUCUUUGACGCGAUACUGCGCCGAUUGCUCGGCGGCACUGUUUGAAAGCAACAUCGAGAAGCGGCAUUGCCCCU